AUGGCCUCCGCAAACUCGCUGCGGUCGCUCAUGCGGCCGUCAAUCCCGGUCGCACCCCGAUUGUACCCCAUUAUCAGCUCCUCAUUUUCGACUACGACGACACUCUCUGCGGUAACUGGCCGCGCCCCAAAGUCCUCCGUUGUAACGAGUACGAAGAUGAAGAAGAAUUUCAAGAAGGGCGGCGGCUCGACUUCCGCGCCCAUGAAGAAGCCCAACCCUGGCGAGCGCAAGGCGUUCCGGAAGCGCAUCCAGCUGAGCAACAAUAGCGCCCUCGCCGUGGAAGGGAUCGAGGUGCUAAAGGCCGACACCCUGGCCCAGAGCUCGAGCGCCGGCAAGAUGUUCUCUGUCCCGGAUGAGAUCAUCGACCAGCUGAGGACUCUCGAGGCGUUCAAGGCGACACAGGCGUGGAAUCUGUUCCGGAAGCCGCAUUUCUUGGCGAGGAAAGAGGCCGUGGAGCUGGGUAGCAGGCUGGAGAAUGCAGCCAAGAAGAAGGAAGCAGAGAAGAUUGUCCUGACGGGAAGCAAACUUUCGGGGAAGAGUUUGGCAGUCCUCCAGGCCAUUUCAUAUGCCCUCCUGAACAAAUGGGUGGUCAUUAACAUUCCUGAGGCUCAAGAUUUGACCAACGGAAAUACAGACUACGCCCAAAUUCCAAAUACCGAACCCGCAGUCUACUCACAGCCAGUCUACGUCUUGAGACUGCUUCAAACUAUAUACAAAGCCAACAAAGCGGUACUCGAAUCUCUGAAGGUUGAGAAGGAUUGGUCUCUCACUGGCCUCCAGAAGGGCAACUCCCUCGCAGAGCUCAUCUUGACCUGCAAAGAGUCUGAAUUUGCUUGGACGACGUUCAACGCCCUGUGGACCGAAUUGACGCUCCCAGGACGCCCUCCCGUUUUAUUCAGUCUCGACGGCCUUUCUCAUAUCAGCAAGCUGAGCCAAUACCGGGACCCUGCUUUCAACCUCAUUCACUCGCACGACCUCGCUCUUGUCCGAACCUUUGUCGAUGCCCUAUCAGGAAAGACCAAACUUCCAAACGGCGGUGCGGUGAUUGCUUCCACCUCCGGAAACAACAUGCAGUUCCACCCUUCACAGGAGCUGGUCCUCGCUCAGCUGGAAGCGGGUCAGUCGGGCAAGCCCAUCCCCACGCCCGAUCCCUAUGAGAAGAACUAUGACGAGCGGGUGUAUGAAUCGCUAAAGAAUACCUCCGUCCUUCGCAUUGAGGGUAUUAAUCACGACGACACGAAGACCUUGAUGGGCUACUGGGCCGCAAGCGGACUCCUGCGCAAUGUGGUUAACAACCACACAAUCCGGGAGAAGUGGGCGCUUGCCGGCAAUGGAAAUGUGGGAGAGAUGGAGAGGGUAGCCUUGUUGACGAUGAGGAUGUAA